AGGAGCAUUUUGGGGGUGAAAUCCAUCCCUUUUGGGGCAGGCGUGCAUGGCUGUGGGGCGUUCCCGGGGUCUCACGGUGGCAUCAUGGCUUUUGCCAACCUCCUGGAGCACGUGGGGGGCAUGGGACGCUUCCAGGUGGCCUCGUUGCUCCUCCUGUCCCUUCCCGUCUUCAUGAUGGCCAGUCACAACCUUCUGCAGAACUUCACGGCCGCCACCAACGACCAUCACUGCCGCCUUCGGUGGGAGGCCAACGCCACCGGCCUCGACCCCCAGGACCUGCUGAGGGUCUCGAUUCCCCACGGUGAGCGGUGCCAACGCUUCGUGUCACCUCAGUGGUGGCUUUUGGAGGCCAAUGGUUCGGCUCCCAAUAGCAGUUGGCCGGAGACAGAACCGUGCCAUGAUGGUUGGACCUACGACCGCAGCGUCUUCACCAGCACCAUCAUCACCGAGUGGGACCUGGUGUGCAGCUCCCGGGGCCUGAAGCAGUUGGCCCAGUCGCUCUACAUGGCCGGAGUCUUGGUGGGUGGCAUCAUCUUCGGGGGUCUCUCGGACAGGUUUGGCCGCCGGUCGCUGCUCAUCUGGUGCUACUUCCAGAUGGGCACCAUGGGGACGUGCUGCUCCUUCUCCCCAACGUUCACCGUCUACUGCCUCUUCCGUUUCCUCACGGGCAUGGCCUUCUCCGGCAUCGUCCUCAACAGUGUCUCCCUCUCUUUGGAGUGGAUGCCCACCCGCACCCGGGCGCUGGCAGGGACCUUCAUGGGUUACUGCUACACCACGGGGCAGUUCCUGCUGGCCGGGAUCGCCUACGCCGUCCCUGAUUGGCGCUGGCUGCAGCUCAGCGUGUCCCUGCCCUUCUUCUGCUUCUUCCUCUACUCAUGGUGGCUGACAGAGUCAGCUCGCUGGCUGGUCAUGGUGGGCAAGUCCCAGAAAGCCCUGAAGGAGCUCCAGAAGGUGGCCAGGAUAAAUGGGAAGAGAGAAGAAGGGGACAAGCUCGAUAUAGAAGCCUUGAGGUCCUACAUGCAGAAGGAGAUGGCUUCAUCGGGGAGUCACCACACGGUGGUUGACCUGGUCCGGACGCCCGUUGUGCGCCGCAUCUCUUGUUGCCUCUGCUUCGUGUGGUUCUCCACCAGUUUUGCCUACUACGGGUUGGCCAUGGACCUGCAAAACUUUGACUUCAACAUCUACGUGAUCCAGCUCAUCUUCGGGGCCGUGGACAUCCCAGCCAAGCUGGUCUCCAUCCUCACCAUCACCUACGUGGGGCGACGCUUCACCCAGUCCGUUGCCCUCAUCCUGGCUGGCCUGGCCAUCUUGGCCAACAUCUUGGUGCCACGAGACCUGCGGAUACUUCGGACCGCCUUGGCUGUCUUCGGUAAGGGUUGCUUGGCUGCGUCCUUCAACUGCGUCUUCCUCUACACGGGUGAGCUCUACCCCACCGUUAUUCGGCAGACGGGUAUGGGGUUGGCCAACACCAUGUCCCGGCUGGGCAGCAUCAUAGCCCCCUUGGUGAAGAUAGCGGGUGAGGUCUUCCCUACGUUGCCCUUCAUCAUCUACGGGGUGGCCCCGGUGGUGUCGGGGCUGGUGGCCAUCUUCCUGCCGGAGACACGGGACAAGGCACUGCCUGAGACUGUGGAUGAGGUGGAGGGCAGCUCCAUCCCUCGUCCCACCAUGACCUUUGUGGAGCUCCUGGCCCGCCUGGGCGGGAUGGGCCGCUUCCAGGUGACCUACGUGGCCGCCCUGGCUAUUCCACUCCUCAUGUUGGCCAGCCACAACCUUCUGCAGAACUUCACCGCCGGCGUCCCCGAGCACCACUGCCAGCCUCGACCGGUGGCCAAUGACAGCGCUGGGGAUGUCCCACUCUAUGUCUCCAUCCCCUUCGAUGGCCACCACCGUCUCCAGCGCUGUCGCCGUUACGUGGAGCCCCAGUGGCACCUCUUGGAAGUCAACGGCACGGUCAACGGCACAACCAACGGGGCACCCACCGAGCCUUGCCAUGACGGUUGGACCUACCAGGAUGGCAUCUUCGCUCACACCAUCGUCACCGAGUGGGACCUGGUGUGUGAGUCCAAGAAGCUGAGGCAGGUGGCCCAGUCCAUCUACAUGGCCGGGAUCCUCGUGGGCUCAGGCCUCUUCGGGGUCCUCUCCGACAAGUACGUGGCCCCCCACCCCGGAGCUGUCACUCAUCCCAGUAUUCCCAGUGCCAGCAUGGAGUGGAUCCCCACCGAAGUGCGGGCCGUGGUGGGCACCAUCAACGGCUACUGCUACACCUUGGGGCAGUUCGUGCUGGCGGCCACGGCCUUCGGCCUCCCCCAUUGGCGUUGGCUCCAGCUCGUCGUCUCCCUCCCCUUCUUCAUCUUCUUCCUCUACUCCUGGCUGUUUGUGGAGUCCGCCCGGUGGCAGGUGAUUUCGGGGAGACCCGACCUGGCCCUCAAGGGGCUCCGCAAAGUCGCCCGCGUCAACGGGAGGAAGGAGGAAGGGGACAAACUCAACGAGGAGGUGCUGCAGGGGUUGGUGCGCCCGGAGCCACCGCUGCCGGGGGGGGCCCUGGCCUCCCUGGUCCGUACCCCCGGGAUGAGGAUGGUCUCUUGCGGCGUCUCCUUCAUCUGGUUCUCCACCAGCUUCGCCUACUACGGGUUGGCCAUGGAUCUGCAGGGCUUCGGGGUAGACAUCUACCUGAGCCAGCUGGUCUUCGGGGCUGUGGACAUCCCGGCCAAGCUGAUCUCGGUGUUGGCCAUCAGCUGCGUGGGGCGGCGGGUGGCCCAGGCGGGCGCCUUGGGGCUCGCUGGCAUCUGCAUCCUCGCCAACAUCAUCGUGCCGAUGGAGCUGCAGAUGCUGCGCAUGACCUUCGCCGUGAUUGGGAAGGGGUCCUUGGCUGCCUCCUUCAACUGUGCCUACAUCUUCACUGGAGAGCUCCUCCCCACCGUCAUCAGGCAGACGGGGAUGGGCCUGGGGGGCACCAUGGCCCGUGUGGGCAGCAUGGUGGCCCCGCUGGUGCGCAUGGCAGCUGACGUGACCCCGGUGCUGCCCCUCAUCAUCUAUGGGGCUGCCCCCAUCAUCUCAGCCAUCGCCACUUGCUUUCUGCCCGAGACCCGCAACAUGCCCCUGCCAGAGACCGUCAAGGACGUCGAGAGACGAGCGGGUCACCUCAAGGACGAGGAGGUGACCGUCCCCUUGAGCACCACCAAGACCAAGGAGGGCGCCUGAGGGGGAAGAGGACGGGCAUCGGGGACACCUGGAUCCCGCUGGGCUGGUGGGGUUGGGGGACAGG